AUGACUAUAUUCUUUUGCCUAUGUAACAACGCUAACGUCAUUUCUUUGAUAAAUAACGAAGACGUGUUAACUUUGAGGACGUUGAUGCAUUUUGGAGAACGAUUGAGUCCAUCAAAAAAGGUGAACUGGAUUUGGGGAGAUCGUGGCAACACAAAGUGCUUUUCAUGGGGCACUAUAAACAAUUUAAACACAAAUCAAUUUCAAAAUCAAACAUUUCAAGGUCCCACAGAGAAUGUUAUUACUAAUAAUAAAUCAAAUGAAAGGAAGCGUUCGAUUACACCUCCUAAUAUUCGCACUGAAGAGGAUAACCCUGUGGUAAAAAAGGAAAGUGAUGAUGGUAAUCCAUCAUUAACGAAAGAUGAAAAUGACAACGUCGACGAAGUUGACGACAACGAUGAAUAUACUCCUGAUCCGGAUGAUGUUUUCAAUUCCUACUCGAAAAACUCGCAGAAUUGGAGUCUGCUUCCAGGAAAAACUGUUGAAGAUAUCUUCGCGACAAAUAUACUUAUCGAUCUUUCGGCUCAUAUGAUAGCUUGGUUUACAAAUAGCGAUAGACAUUUCAUGACAAAAACUAUAGACUUGCUCAAAGUUUCAGAGCUUCCUGAAGAUAUCAAUACGUUUAUUUCGGCGAUUGAAAAGGCUUUUUCAUUCAUCAUCAACGGACUGAAUAAGGAACGCGGAAUAAGACAAAAAUGUCGAAAAUGCGACGAGUGUUUCUUAGCAUCAUCAAGGAUGGAUUUGGGGAGUGGGUUCGUUGUACGUGCAACCGAUGCAUAA